CUUCACAGCACCAAGUAAACGAAUUAUAGCAACCGGCCCUUCUCUCACCUUUUACAUCACCUCAUUCAUAUAUUAUAUGUACUUUGCUCUGUCUAGUCAAGCUUGCUUCUUUCUUGUAACCAUGUCUUCAAUAAUGAGUCCUCAAGGUGUAGUCUUUGCCACAGCCAUGGCUGUGUCCGGCACUGUCGUCCUCCUUGUUCUUAAACUUCAAAAGUCUCUCCCAAAUACCCAAUUCUCUGUUGAUCAAAUUCCUCAGUCCUCACAGCCAAUUUUACGUUCUUGUCUCUCUUCUGAGGAAAAGAAAAAGGAAAAGAAGAAGAAAAAAGUUCACUUUGCAAAGGAUGUGGUGGAUCCAAGUGGGGAUGGAGAAGCGUAUAGGAAGCAGCAUGGUAUAAUUAGCAGCAAUUCUUCUUCUUCUUCUUCUUCAUCAUCAUUAGCUUCAUCACCAACACCAAAGUUAGAAAAGUAUAGAGGUCAAACAAGAGGAAUGCCUGCCAAUAGGGUGGCUUUGUACAAUGGAAUUCUCAGGGAUCGUGUGGUUCAACGAAUGGGUUACUCUUAUUGAUCCAAUUUCUGUGCAAAAAUCUGUGUUUAUGGUCUCCAAUGUAGGCUUUUUUUUACCAUUCUUCUUUUUAACUUUUAAUUUUAGAAUCUGUAAUUAGGAAUUGGAAAGGAGACCAAAGGCUUUUUUUUCUUUUUUUUUGAUGAGGAGACCAAAGGCUUUGAUGGUUCCUGAAGUUCAUGUUCUCAUGGUCUGAUGGGGAACAGGGUGAAACCUCUUGGAAGAGUAAAAUUUCUUGGGGUUAUGUAACUUAUGUUCAUAGUCGUUAUUUUUUUCUGGAAAAUUCUCUACCUUCUGUAAAAUUUCUUGUUCUCUAGUUCACAAAUGUGCACAAAGAGUAUCAUGUAA